AUGCCCGUAAUUACUCUUGAGGAACAGCAGCGAAAACCUGCAUUUGUGAAGAGCUUCGAAUGUGUUGUGAAUUCGUUCCUUGUCACUUUCCGCUCGAAUUUUUAUUGCUUUAGGGCGAAGAGGCUGGCCUACGACUUCAACAGCGAUCAGGGAUAUGAUGAUGAUUUUGUCAAGGGAGCUGAUGGCCUUGGUUCAACAUCGUUUUAUGGCACUCCUAGAACUCCAUCAGGUACUGUAAGGCCAGGUCAGUGGCGCCGUUCUGGGGACUCAGGGCGCCCGGGAGACAUAGUAAGUCCGCGACCGCAGCUCCUAGCCGACUCGGUUUCUUCUUCUCGAUGUCUUCUGAGUCCUAUGUCAAGAAAUAAGGAUAUGGGAAGUUCUCAGCACAUAAGCAGCUAUAGAGCUUUAACGACACCGAGCCGUAAAAGGAAAGAAGUUGACACAAUUGAGGAUUCUUCCGCUCAGACCACCUCUAUGCCUACUUCUAGUACUUCUGAACUACCUUCUCCGUACUCGUAUAGAGGUCUUGAAAACCUGACCAACUCCUGUUAUAUGAAUGCUACACUGCAAGCACUCGCCUCAGUUUUUCCGUUCUACUAUCGUAUGCAGAUGAUCCAGCAAAUAUAUGAGGAAGGAUAUGACUGUUCCGAAUUUGUAAAGCGGUUUAACGACGUGCUGCAGAACCUUGUAUCACCUGACCGAGUUUUAGAUAGUAAAUAUGGGUCAGCCACGAAGAUCUCGGUUCUCGAAGCCCUAAGAACGGCCGCUGGGAAAGAGCUUGGCUCAGACCCAGACUUCGGGUCGAACGUUCAACAAGAUGCGCAUGAAUUUCUGGCGAAGACGUUGGAGAUUCUCGAAAAGGAAGCGCUACGUUUGAGGAAAUUCAAUCGCUCAAUUUCUGGCAGUAAGACGAGUUCACCGACUUCUUGUUCAUCCUCACCAAGAUCAAUGGGAAGGAACCCUGCCGGUGUUUUCCAGCAUAAGAUUAGGGAUAGAUAUGGUUGUGAACGAUGUGCACGCGCUAGCGAAAUGACCAAUGAUGCUAUUGAUCUCACUGUGACUGUUAGAGCUGGAGAAUCGAUUCAAAAAAUGAUAGAACACGCAUUAGCCCGAGAAGAAAUUGAAUACAAGUGCGAUAUUUGUGGUCCAGGUUCGGGGUUCAUUAGCCGUGCGUUUGCUACGUUACCGCAAUCCCUUAUAAUUGUGGUGAAGCGCUACCGCUUUGGUGAAGCUGGUGGAAGCAAAGUAGACGAGAGGGUUGGCGUCAGCAGGGAGCUUUUUCUGAAGGAUCUUUAUGUCGAUUCUGAAGUAAAAAGGCAGGAAGGGAAGGCCAGGCAAAGGUGA